UCUUUCAGUAUAAAUUGUAACUCCCCAAGACAUUCAAAUCAUUUGUUUUCUAAACAGGUCUUAAGUUAGUUGGUUUUUACUUGGAAAAGCAGACAUUUAUUGUUGAUAUUUUUUCCACAAUAUAUACUGUUUACUUGCUCAAGGAAAUUAUAAUUUUCAGAAUGGCACUGAAUGGCCAUUAUUAGAUCAGUGUUUGGUGUGUUAUUAAGGAAAUCAGCUAAUACUGAGGACAUCUUGAGUUGUUCCCGAUUUUUCCGCCGUUCAGCAUCUUGCUAUCCCCCUACCAGUCGGAGAGAGCAACAGAGUAACAUGACUACCAAAUCUAAGAAAGUUCAGCCACCUUGGAAAGUUCCGGAGGGGACGGAGGUGCCGAGACUGAAGCUGUACAACAGCCUGACCAGACAGAAGGAGGAGUUUGUCCCCCAGAAAGGUCGGCGUGUCCUUUGGUACAGCUGCGGCCCCACGGUGUACGAUUACUCCCACAUGGGGCACGCCCGGUCGUAUAUCUCUAUAGACAUUCUCAGGAGAGUCCUCCAGAACUACUUCAAGUACGACGUCUUCUACUGCAUGAACAUCACAGAUAUUGAUGACAAGAUCAUCAAGAGAGCUCGACAGAACUAUCUGUAUGAGGAAUACCAGAAGAAAGACAUGGCGGUGUCUAAAAUACUGGAAGACGUGGAGACAGCCAUGAAGCCUUUUUUAGCCAAAUUAGAACAGGAGCAGGACCCAGAUAAGAAAGCUAUGUAUGUCAGGAUUAAGGCCAAGGUCGAGACAGCUGUGUCAGAGGUCAAGGCCAGUCAAGAUGGAGCCAAGUCCAAAGAGAGGCUGUAUGUAGAUGGGAGAGACGUGCUUUGUGAUUGGCUGGAUAAAUUACAUGGGUCAGAGGUCACGGACAAUACCAUUUUUGCCAAGUUACCACAGUUUUUUGAAGAAGACUAUCAUAAAGACAUGGAGUCUUUAAAUGUGUUGCCUGCUGAUGUCCUUACUAGAGUCAGUGAUUAUGUCCCAGAAAUUGUCACCUACAUCCAGAAAAUCAUCACCAAUGGAUUUGGUUACGAGUCUAAUGGCUCUGUCUACUUUGACACCGCGGCCUUUGAUGCAGCUGAAGGUCACAGUUACGCUAAGAUUGUUCCCGAGGCUUACGGAGACAAGGCAGCCCUCAAUGAGGGAGAGGGUGAACUGAGUGUGUCUGUGGAGAGACAGGAGGAGAAGAAGAACUCGACAGACUUUGCCCUGUGGAAGGCCUCCAAACCUGGAGAGCCCUCCUGGGACUCCCCCUGGGGAAAGGGACGUCCAGGUUGGCACAUAGAGUGCUCAGUGAUGGCGAGCAGCAUACAAGGAGAAUCUCUAGACAUACACACAGGAGGGUUUGAUCUCAGAUUCCCACAUCACGACAAUGAGCUCGCUCAGGCUGAGGCCUAUUUCAACAACGAUCACUGGGUGAGGUACUUUCUCCAUGCUGGUCACCUGACCAUUGAAGGCUGUAAAAUGUCCAAAUCCCUGAAGAACUUCAUCUCCAUCAAGGAGGCCCUGACAAAGCACACGGCGCGACAGCUACGUCUGCUGUUCUUACUCCAUCAGUGGAAGGAUACACUGGACUACGGAGAGAACAGUAUGGAGAUAGCCAUCAGAUACGAGAAGAUGGUCAAUGAAUUUUUUCUGAAUGUGAAGAACCUGCUAAGAACCACUCCUGGCACAGGGAUAGAAGCUUUUGAGAAGUGGUCAGCAGAGGAGAUGGAGCUCAAUAACAGGUACUUUGCUACAAGAGAUGCUGUACAUGAAGCUCUCUGUGACAAUGUGAACACGAGGGCAGCCCUGGACCAUCUGAGAGAGCUGAUUGGUGUAGCCAAUAUCUAUAUGGCCAAUUCCAGGGCCGCUAACAAGGCACCCAACAGGAUGAUCCUCAAAAACAUCGCAGCUUACAUCACCGAGCUCUUCAAGGUAUUUGGAGCCAUUGAAACAGAUGAAGAGAUAGGGUUCCCUCAGUCAAGCACACAGAAUGUCAAUGUGGAAGAGACAGUGAUGCCUUUCCUGACAGCUUUUGCUCAAUUCAGGGAGGACGUUAGAACCAUCUCCAGGGAACAGAAAGCCACAGAAAUCCUGAAGCUGUGUGAUAAAUUAAGAGACGAUGUCUUACCAAACCUCGGGGUACGCCUGGAGGACGGGAUAUCCCCUCCCACCAUCAAACUGGUGGACCGGGAAACCCUGCUCAAGGAAAGGGAGGAGAAACUUAAGCAAGAAGAGUUGAAGAGACAAGAGAAAGAGAAAAGGAAACAAGAAAUGGAGGCAAAGCUUGCUCAAGAGAAGAUUCCUCCAUGGGAGCUUUUUAAGAAAGAAACGGAUAAAUAUUCCCAGUUUGAUGACAAGGGAAUUCCUACACACGACGCAGAAGGAAAAGAACUAUCCAAGGGGCAGAUAAAAAAGUUAGCCAAGCUCUAUGAAAAACAGGAGAAGACAUACAAUAAACACAUGGCAAACACCGAGAAUAAAAGUGGAUCUUAACCAGUGCUGCUCUCAUCUGACUUUAAUUUAUUGUUUUCUACAUUCAAAUCACUACAUUAAUGUCUACCUUAAACCAAUAAACUUGAGUUAAAGAGUAAUAAAAU